AUGCCCUCCUUCCACCACCAGCAGCAGUCGCAGCAGCAGUCGAGCGCCAGUGCCAGCGCCAGCACCAGCACCAGCCAGGCCAGUCCUCCGCCGGGACCACCUCAGCAGCAGCAGCAGAGCGUCGACGGCGCCGAUAGAGCCCGCGCAUACAAGUCGCGGAACAAGAGACCAUGUGACUUUUGCCGAUACAAAAAGGCGGCGUGCCAUCUGGAGAGUGCACCGCCGUGUGAGUUGUGCAUUCGCUACAACAAGGAGUGUACGUUUGUGGAGAGUCCCGCCAAGAGGCGUCGGCCCAACGACUCGGCUGCCGACAAGGAAAACCACGUGCAUGGCAACGGUAUCGGCAACGGCCACAGCCACGGCCACGGCCACAGCCACGGGAAUGGCAGCAUGUUCAAGAGCGCUCGCACGGGCAGCCACGAUCACACGCCCGCUUUCACCAACGGCAACAUUCUAGAUCUCCAACAGGAUCUGCUACCGUGGGAAAAUGGCAUCAACCCCUUCUCGGUCAAUGGCAUUCCGGCCCUGGACGGGGACCUGCACAACCCCGACUUUCCAUUCGAUCCAGCCCUGUAUCAGGAGCCUGUGCCGUUUGAGACCUUUGAACCCCUGUCGGCGUCGACGAUGCAUAGCAUAGAUCACAAGUUCCCCAACAAUCACCGACAUAGCUCUUCCUUUGACCACUCGACCUCGCCACAAUCGAGUAUCGCGAGCUUGCCUAUCGACCUCACCCUGCCUUUCGACUCUACUAGCGGCGAGCCUUCUCUCGAUCGCCAGCAUUCGAGCAAUGCCCAGAUUGUGGGAUUAGGGGGCGAACUCGACCCGUAUUUGCUGUCCAGGUAUCGAUACGAUGAAUACAACGAGGCGUCGUUUCAAUCCGUGCGCAUGCGCAAGAUGAACAGUGGUCCCGCAGAGUCGCAGCAGUCCGUGCCCGCCUUUUUCGUCAUCCAGCACAAUGGUCUCGCUUCCAAAGCGCAGCCACGGGACAAGUCAGAUUCCGGCGAGAAGUGGCGGCGAGAGCUGGAGGAGCUUGUGCCUGAGGAAGUCGGAAAGCGGUUGAUUCGACUCUUCUACCGAUAUGUGCAGCCAUAUUUCCCCAUCCUGAGCCGGGAAGGUGGCGAGCGAGACGCAGAUGGAUUUCGGGUGCCCCGAGAAAUGCCUCCGUGUGUGCUCGCAGCCAUAUAUGGACAUGCGCUCCCCUUUUGUCCGUGGGACGAGAAGCUCUGUGUGGACGUGUACACGCCAUCAUCUGCGGACGCACUCUUCAAGCUAUCAUGGCUCUCGUGCCAGCCUCUACUCCACACUCCCACCAUCGCCGUGCUACAAACACUCCUCAUGCUGGUGCAACGCCGACCGACGAAUCGCCACGUGAGCGACACUCCCUUCAAAUGGGUCAUGAUGUCGACGGCAGUGAGCAUUGCCCAGGCCCUGGGCCUGAACCGUGACCCUACCGAUUGGCCGAUUCCUUCGUGGGAAAUUCAGCAGCGAAAGCGGCUCGCGUGGGCAGUGUUUGUGCAAGAAAAGUGGCUCGCGCUCAAUUUUGGACGCAGUAGCCAUAUCCAAGCGGAUGAUUGGGAUGUGCCCAAAUUGACAGAAGGCGAUUUCCCCGAACCGGAUCGAAGCUAUGACGAGAAUCACAUUGCAGAUUUCAGCUGCCAGCACUUUAUCAAACUCUGCGACUUGACCAUGAUUGUCGACGACAUCCUCCGCAAGCUCUUCAGCAUCAAAGCGACGAGACAGCUGCACACCAGUCUGGAAGCGACCCUCGAGGUUGCCAAGCCCCUGCGCAUCCGAUUGACCGAAUGGAAUCAGACACUCCCGGCUGGUCUGUUGCCCAGUCAGCCUGCUACCACCACCACUACUACUACCACUAAUGGCGCUCCAUCACCCAUCCUCAACUCUCCGGGGAGUGAUCGGCGCAAAUCCGUGCAACUCGAGCUCGAUGGUAACGGCUCCUUGCAACUCGCAUACAUUACGGCCAAAAUCGAGCUCUUCCGCGCGAUGCUCCGACCCCGCGUGACCGAUGCCAACGCAGCAGCCAUCACCGCCCUCCGAACAGGAGCUCUCGCUGUUGCCAAAGAAAUUUCCACUUUUCUCGACGACCUCCACGCCAGAGAAUUAGAAGCUUUUUGGACGAGCUACGCUCGAACAAAUUUCACCAUCGCCUCCUCUUUUAUGCUCCUCCUCUUCGCCACCUCGCCCACUCUCCCCGACGCGAAAGAAUGUCUCUCUCUCCUCAACGCCUGGCGCAGUCUCUUACGCAUCAAGAGUCGGAGUUGCGAUUUACUCAGUUUGGCUCUUUUGCGACUCGAUGGAGUGUUUGUGGCGGGUAUGGAUCAGUUGAUUGAAUUGAGUCCUGCGGCUGAACAGGCUUGGAGGGAGAAGAAGGAGAAUGGUGGAUUUGGUAAUCAGAAAGAGGGGGGGAUGGGAUGA